AUGACCGAAGAGGAGUUGUCUAUCAUAAGUCAGUUUUACGUCGAGAACUAUAAUGUGUUUCAUGCGGCGUUCGCAGGCUCAAGUCGCCAGCCUGCAGUGAAGGCGAAAAGAGACAAGUUAGAAGAAUUAGCUCGAAUACUGACGAGCGCUGGUUAUCCAAAACGCACCGUCACGCAACUAGCGAAUGCGCGAUACUUUGAAAAGAGCCAAAAAGGUGAUUGCACAGGAGGGGAAAAACCACGUUUGAAAGGGCUUCCAUGCGCGAUCGAAGUUUCUGGCGACCAUGCUUUAGCUCAACCUUCCUCGUCGAAACGACCUGCUCAGACGGAUGACGAAAUUAACCAGCCUGCCCCUCUAUUGAACAAAGUUAACAGAUCACCUAUUUUAUACUUACUUCGUGCUAUACUUAAACUUGUUUCUCAGCCUUCAUCAUCAAAGCCACCUCCUCCAUGGGACAACGAGUCGCAAUUAAGCUUGACUGACACGGAAAACGAAGUGUACCCCGCCAACAAAAACACGCUCGAGAAAACCGAGAGAAACGGAGGAAAGAGAGUAAAAACUGAGCCAAUCUUCGAGCAUCCAAAUUUUGACGAUUACGAACAUUACGAGCCAGUGCCGGUAGAACUGCAUAACGACGCUGAGAAAGAGAAUAGACCACGUGAAAAAAAGAAAUCAGGAAGAGCCAGCGAAAUUGAAUCGGAACGCAUUCAGUUGAGAAUCAGGAACGAACAGCUGACCGGCGACCUCUUGUAUCUACAAACUGAGAAUGCAAAGCUCCAAAAUGAGAAUUUGUGUCUUAAGAAUGUGAAGCAGAAGCUGGAAAUAAGCAACGAGCAGAAGCGAGGCGACUAUCUGGAUCAAGGUGUCAUCAUAAGCACUUAA